GAACCCACUCUCACUCCUCAUUGCCAUGCCUCCUCCAGUGCUCUUCACUCAUGCUAUUUCCCCUUCUUCUCUUGGCUUCAGACUCUGGACAUUAAUGUGAAGGCCCCAGCCCUGAUGACAAAGGCAGUGGUGCCAGAAAUGGAGAAACGAGGAGGCGGCUCAGUGAUGAUCGUGGCCUCCAUAGCAGCCUUCAGUCCAUCUCCUGGCCUCAGUCCUUACAAUGUCAGUAAAACAGCUUUGCUGGGCCUCACCAAGAACCUGGCCGUAGAGCUGGCCCCAAGGAACAUUAGGGUGAACUGCCUAGCACCUGGACUUAUCAAGACCAGCUUCAGCAGGAUGCUCUGGAUGGACAAGGAAAAAGAGGAAAGAAUGAAAGAAACCCUGCAGAUAAGAAGGUUAGGUGAGCCAGAGGAUUGUGCUGGCAUCGUGUCUUUCCUGUGCUCUGAAGAUGCCAGCUACAUCACUGGGGAGACAGUGGUGGUGGGUGGAGGAACCCCGUCCCGCCUCUGAGGACCCGGAGACAGCCCACGGGGCAGUGUUGGGAUCUAGCUCCUGGUGCUGUUCCUGCAUUCAUCCACUGGCCUUUCCCACCUCU